CCCAAAACAAAACGUCAUUUUAAUGCGACUAAAGUGUCACAGCUUUCUGCUAGUGUUUCAUAAAAAGUCUCGCAAUCAUGUCAACUGCUAUGAAUUUCGGCACCAAAUCUUUUCAGCCUCGGGCUCCGGAUAAAGGAGCUUUUCCUCUGGAUCAUUUAGGUGAGUGCAAAGCUUUCAAGGAGAAGUUUAUGAAAUGCUUGAGACAGAGCACAUUCGACAACUCCAAAUGCCGCCUGCAGUCUAAAGAUUACUUAGAAUGUCGGAUGAAUCAUCAGCUGAUGGCCAAAGAACCUCUGGAGAAACUGGGAUUCAAAGACCUGGUGGAUCCUCCUUCAAGCCAAACACAGAAAGACACUAAACCUUAACUUGCAACACCUCCGCUGCUUGAAUGAUGCUUCUCUGAACUUUUUGUUUCCAGCAAAUGUGUGGAGGAAUUGUAGAGAAGACUAGUGAUUUGCAUUGUGGCCUUAGUUUGAGGUUCCAGUACAAACAAAUGUUAUCAGGUAUUUGUGCACAUAAGAUAGGACUGUGUGAUACAUUAGCGUGCUGUUUAACAGUAAAUCUUUCUUAUUGAAUGUAAACUGUGUGAAGAUUUAUCAUUCUAAACAGUCGGAAGCUCCACAGACUGGACACACAGUUAAAGUUCAUUGUUAAAAAGCUUCUUGAUAAAAUUGGUGUGCUGACACCUGCUGGGCAAUUCUUGGUGUUACUUAUGUGUGUACUGCAAAGAGCUGUUGUCUUCAAAGCCUCAAGCAUCUGUCUUUUUGCAACUGAAAUACAUGUAUAAUACAUGUUGUGUUUGCGUGAAUGUUGUGAAUCACAACCAACUGCAGGUUUAUUAUGAGGCAUUUAUUGCAUUGAAUAUAUGUUAUACUUUAUUUGAUGUCAAAUAUUUCACAUGUUCUGAAUUAAAAAGGCUUCAUCAAACUGGU